GAAAUGCAAGGAGAAAAUUACACUAUUUGGAGCUUUUUUUUCCUGGAAGGAUUUUCCCGAUACCCAAGAUUAGAGAUUGUCCUCUUUGUGCUCAGCCUUAUAAUGUAUCUGAUUAUCCUCCUGGGUAACAGCACUCUUGUUGUAAUCACUGUUCUAGAUUCACACCUUCACACCCCCAUGUACUUCUUCCUUGGAAAUCUCUCUUUUAUGGAUAUUUGCUACACCUCGGCUUCUAUUCCUACCUUGCUGGUGAACUUGCUAUCAUCCCAGAAAACCAUAAUCUUUUCUGGGUGUGCUGUACAGAUGUAUCUGUCCCUUGCCAUGGGCUCCACUGAGUGUGUGCUUCUGGCUGUGAUGGCGUAUGACCGUUAUGUGGCCAUAUGCAACCCGCUGAGAUAUCCCAUCAUCAUGAACAGGCAAGUCUGUGUGCAGACAGCCACUGUCUCCUGGAUGAUGGGCUGUCUGACUGCCCUGCUGGAAACCAGUUUUGCCCUGCAGAUACCCCUGUGUGGGAAUCUUGUCGAUCACUUCACGUGUGAAAUUCUGGCUGUGCUGAAGCUAGCGUGCACAAACUCCCUGCUUAUGGACAUGAUUAUGCUGGUGGUGAGCAUUCUCCUGCUGCCCAUCCCAAUGCUCUUAAUUUGCAUCUCUUACAUCUUCAUCCUUUCUACCAUUCUGAGAAUCAGCUCAGCAGAGGGAAGAAACAAAGCUUUUUCUACUUGUGGUGCCCACUUGACUGUGGUGAUCUUAUAUUACGGGGCUGCCCUCUCCAUGUACCUGAAACCUUCUUCAUCAGAUUCACAAGAAAUAGACAAAAUCAUCUCAUUGCUUUAUGGAGUGCUUACUCCUAUGUUGAAUCCCAUCAUUUAUAGCUUAAGAAACAAGGAAGUCAAAGAUGCUGUGAAAAAACUGCUGGGCAAAAUACUAUUGCAUCACACACAACUCUGA